AUGCCCAAAAUCGCGCCACCCACAAGUGGGCGGCGUUCAUGUGGAGUGGGAGGGGCCGACGCGGUGCCGCGAACUCGUCAGACUGUAGUUGUCGCACCGACCAGCAGCGCCAUGUCUUCCCAAGUCCGCGGAUCUCGUCCAAAUCAGGAGCGACGCAACGCAAGAGAACGCAGCCGCGUGCAUCAGGUGAACCAUGGCUUCGACCUGUUGCGAACACGCGUGCCCAAAGCUGGCAUUAACAAGAAAUUGUCAAAGGCUGACACUUUACGAGAAGCUGUGAGAUACAUACAGUAUCUUCAAAGUCUAUUACUCACCGAUGGAGGGAUGAAUCAAACAGAAUGCAUGACGCAAAUGGCCCAACCAUGUUCCGUAAAUCAGUCAAUCUAUCAGCAAUCCGAGAUGGAGUUUGACGUCUACUUCCCCUCCAACGCGUCCUCUAUCGCAUCGCAACAGACUAGUCCGACAAAUUCUGUCUAUGCACCACCUCAGCUGCCUCCUUAUAAUCACGUCACCGUAGCCGAUAUGCAAACACAGGAAGUCACUGUAGUGAAAGUCAAUGAGGGUGUUGAUUGGUGUGUUUGCGAUCAGCGCACGGAUGAGCCGAUCGUCAGCUCAUCGGCCACGGUUGCAGCUUUCAGUCAACAUUCUGUCGCAUUAGUUAUGUAA